AUGGCCAGCACCAGGGUGCCGCAGCGGCGGGCUGCCCCAACGUGCAGCCCGUUUGACGCCCUUCCAGACGCCCUCCUUGGCCGCAUCUUGGCGCUGAGUGUGACGGGCAAGGACAUGGAAGACAUUGCGCAGCUGAAUCUUGCGCUCGUCAGCAAGCGCUGGUGCCGCGUCUACUUUUCCGACCAGGAGGUGGACUCGUGGUGGGGCCCGUGCAGUGCGUACGAGCACGCCAGCCUGGACGGAACGAAGCUUGCGGCCACCGUCGCCAGCCGCCUGCCCGACUUCCUGGCCCGCUUCCACCCGCAAAGGCUGCGUGAUCUGCGCCUGAGCGGCUACCGCCUGAGCGAGGAGGCUGCCAAGGUGCUGCACCGCUUCACCGGCCUGAAGCGGCUGCAUGUGUACGGCGCUGGAGCCGGCUCGCUGCCGCCCAGCUGCGCAUGGAUGGUCGGCCAGCUGACGGCGCUGACAUGCCUCGACCUGAUGGCUGCUGAGAUACCGGCAGACCUGCCAGCUGCUGCAGCCCAUCUGCCUUCCCUUGCUGCUCUGGAGCUGUCCUCAGGAGCGCCGCUGCCCGGCUGUCGACCCCUGAGCGCGCUCACCAACCUGACCUGCCUUGGACUGUUUGAGGAGGAGAGCUCUGAGUCUGGCCUGCAGCUGCCCGCGAUGCCGUGUGGCAACCUGUGCUAUUUUCAACAAGCAGCAGGACAGUACCACGUUUCCAUCCUCCCCGAGCGGCAGGCUCGGGGGAGGGGUGAUGUGGCUGUGACACUGGUGUCUGCUGACCUGGACAGACAGACAUUCCUCUGGAAUGAAGAAGAGGAGGUGGCGACAGCGGAAGGCAGCGGCACAAUGUUGGCCGCCCUCCUGCGCGCGGUGCUGCCAGCAGGGGCAGCGCUCGUCAGGUUGUCCCUGAUAGACUGCUUUGUGAAGGAGGCAGGCUUCUCCAGCCCCGCCUGCGGUCCGCUGCUGGCCAGCGUCACCAGCCUGGAGUUUACCUUCCGCCUGGUUCACGCGGUGUGGGAUGAUGAGGCCCUGCAGCGUGCCCUGGGCGCCGUGGUUGCCCUCACCCCCGGCCUGCGUGCCCUGGACAUCUGGGGAGCGGAUGGCGAGCCCGGCAAGCAGCUGGCCUGCGGCCUGCCGCCGGCUGUGACCGCGCUGCGCCAGCUGGAGGAGCUUUCGACUCGCCGCUGCCUGCUGCCCUCCCUGCCGCCCGGGCCCUACCUGGCAGGCCUCACCAAGUUGUGGCUGUCUGGAAGCCGCCUGGAGGGGCCGCUGCCCGCGGCUCUGGCUGCCGCCACGCGGCUGCAAACCCUGGGCUUGGGUGGCAACCCCGGGCUUCGCCUCGACCAAGCAUCUGUCGACAUGCUGGCUCGGCUGCCACACUUGCAAGCCAUCACUCUGGACGACUGCAGGCCUGGCAUGGGCUGGGCCAAUGAGGGCUUCCUGGGCUUGUCCCUGGGCGACCUGGUGCGUGGCGAGAUGAGGUGGUGCCUGUACUGCUCCAUGGCGCUGCAUGCUCGCUGGCUGCUCAGCGCCUGCCCCGACCUGCGGCCGCUGGUCACCUGGCGCACUAAGACCAGGAAGGCUCUGCGAGAGGCGUCUGGGGCGGCAGCAGAGGGCCGCCGCUUUGUCCUGCACACGCCCCCGGUGCCAGACCGCUGGGGGCGGCACCACUCCAAGAUGAUGCUCAUCGAGUACGCCACCGGGGUGCGCUUCAUCCUGCCCACCCCCAACCUCCAGUUCCACCAGCUGCACAGCCAGACGCAGGCCGUCUUCUUUCAAGACUUUCCACCCAAGCAGGACGGCACCUCCCCACCUGGCUCCGACUUUGAGACCAGCCUGGCGCGGUACCUGGCUGCCCUGCAGCUUCCAGGGGAAGAAGCCAAGCACGCGCAGGCAGGCUGGCACUGGCCCGAGCUCGUUCGCCGGCACGACUUCUCUGCCGCCCGUGCCGUGCUGGUGGCGUCCGUGCCGGGGUCGCACGGCGGCGAGCUGGCGGCCGCCUACGGCCACAAGCGGCUGGCGGCGCUGCUGGGUCGGGAGGCCUGA